UUCUCCCCGUAUGGGGGUAUGGGGGUAUGGGGUUUUCGCGCGAGAGAAGAGAAGCUGGUUGUAGACUGAAGGAUUGAAGAUGCUGGGAGCGGGAUCUUCGUCGUGCUUACGCCUGCUCGUCGGUGUUCUUUGUCGCGAAUAUAAGGCUCGGGUGAUGCCCUUCUUCUACUUGUAUUUUCGUCUCCUCUCGUGCCUGCUUUUCGUGAGUCAAGGUUUUUCACUCCUUACAGCCGUCGACAGCCGUCGAGACCAGGACUAAGGACUAAUUCACCCUCUCGUCUGUUGGUAGUGGACCUCAGUCCUCUUCUACCAUUAAGACUUACUUUUAUUUAUUAUUUAUCAUCUGCUCCUUCUUUAAUUACUAAAGCAGCCAUGUCUGAAAAACCUCAAGUCGACCUGAUCGAGCCUAAGGGCGUCGAAGGACACUACUUAGAGAAUGGCCUUGAUGCAACUGAACAUGUCGACCUGAACGCUAACCUUGAAGCGAAGAUCAAGAAUCCUCUCAAGGGUAUUCCUCGUGAGCAGCUGAUGCGUGAUGUCGAAGCCUUCGCACACGAGAAGGGCCUUGUCGAACACAUUCCGAUUCUACGAAGGGGUGCGCUCGUCGCCCAGAACCCCCACGACUUCGAUGACCUGAGUGGAGAGGAAGCUCUCGACGAAGCCGAGAAAAAGGCUCUCCACGAAGAAGUUACACACCGAUGGCGCAUGCCUGGCCGACUUUUCUUAACUAUCGCGACUUGCUCUAUUGGUGCCGCCGUCCAGGGCUGGGAUCAGACUGGAAGUAACGGUGCUAACAUCUUUUUCCCGGCUUUCUACGGCAUUGGUGGCGACACCACUAGAGACAGACUGUUGGUCGGCCUGGUAAACUCGGGUCCUUAUAUCGGAAGUGCUUUCAUCGGAUGUUGGCUCUCGGAUCCCAUCAACAACUGGAUCGGUCGUCGUGGUGUUAUCUUUACCUCUGCUCACUUCUGUCUCUGGCCCGUCAUCGGUUCUGCAUUCUGCCACACAUGGGAACAGCAGUUGGCUUGCCGUCUACUAAUGGGUAUUGGAAUGGGCGUAAAGGCUUCAACUGUUCCUGUUUAUGCUGCUGAAAAUGCUCCAGCUGCGGUUCGAGGUGCCCUGGUUAUGUCAUGGCAGAUGUGGACUGCUUUCGGCAUCUUCCUUGGAACAGCCAUCAACCUUGCCGUCUUCUACCAUCCUUACAACUGGAGACUGAUGCUAGGCGCUCCCUUUAUCCCAGCUGUGCCCCUGCUAUGCCUGAUCUACCUCUGCCCCGAGUCCCCUCGUUGGUUAAUGAAGAAGAAUCGCUACGCUGAUGCUUGGGCCUCGAUGGUUAAGCUACGAAACAACCCAAUCCAGGUUGCCAGGGAUAUUUACUACAUUCACGCUCAAUUAUCCAUCGAAAACCAGCUUACGAGCAAGAGCAACUACGUAACCCGCUUCACACAGCUCUUCACCAUCCCCCGCGUCCGCCGUGCCAGCAUUGCCGCUUUCACCGUUAUGAUUGCACAGCAGAUGUGUGGUAUUAACAUCAUUGCCUUUUACUCGACCACCGUCUUCGUUGAAUCUGGAUACAGCGAAUUCCAGGCCAUGCUGUGCUCGUUCGGUUUCGGUCUCGUAAACUGGCUUUUCGCCUUCCCUGCCUUCUGGACCAUCGACACUUUCGGACGACGAUCUCUGCUUCUCUUCACUUUCCCUCAGAUGAUGUGGACUCUACUUGCGGCCGGUUUGUGCACUCUCAUGGAACAGGGAACGGCGAGAACUGCGCUCGUCGCUCUCUUCGUGUUCAUGUUCGGCGCUUUCUACUCCCCUGGUGAAGGCCCUGUUCCUUUCACCUACAGUGCCGAGGUCUUCCCCCUCUCCCAUCGUGAGGUUGGUAUGGGAUUUGCUGUCGCCACCUGUUUGUUCUGGGCUGCUGUACUCAGUAUGACAUUCCCCUUCAUUCUUGACAGACUACACACCGUCGGUGCAUUUGGCUUGUAUGCUGGCUUCAACUUUGUGGCGCUUAUCAUGAUCUUCUUCCUCGUACCCGAGACGAAGCAGCGCACUCUCGAAGAGCUCGACUACGUGUUUGCCGUUCCCAACCGCAAGUUUGCCCAGUACCAGGUCACCAAGGCGCUACCUUAUGGAAUCAAGCGCUGGGUCUUCUUCCAGCGCAACGCCGUGCUUGAGCCCCUUUACCACAAGGAUGACGAGGACCAGACAACCUCCGUCCGCGAGGACAAGCGGAUCUCCUCAUAAGGAAUUUAAGAAUGUUGGGAAAAGGAGUGCGUCAGCUGUGGACCAGUCCUACAAGUGGUAGUUGAGGAAAGGACUCACGAAACAGGAUCGUUUAGGUGCGAACUUUUACAAAAUACCCCAUUUUUAUUUCUGUACUUUUAUAGGGAUUUCCUAUAUACCUAGAUAGGUAUCUACCUUAUUAUUUUAAGACGCCGAUGUGUCUCCAUUAAACGUCUUUUUCUUCAA